AUGACUUUACCAAAGGGUAAAACUUCUACCUAUAGAAGUGAUGAACAAGAAAUUGAUCUCAAUCUCACACUUGGUGGCAUUUAUAAUACUGGAAAUCCUAACGAAAUUUCAAUGCCUAAGCCGUUUUCACAAAUUAUAGCAUCAGUUGCCAACAAUCUUGCAUUUCAGCGGGCUAUUAAGGAUAUAAGAUCUGAGAUGAAUAACAACUCAAAAGAUAGGGAAGAGAUGCCUGAAAUUUAUGAGAAGAGAAAAGAAACUAAUCCAACUUUUGUUCCAGAAAGCAAUGGAGAAUCUGCUAUCAAAUUCAAUGCGAAAAAGGGAAAGUCAAUUCUCUUACCAGAAAGCAAUGGAGAAAAGCCAUCAAAGAAAGUUAAGAAUUCUGAUGAAGUAUUGGAUAAGGGUAAGUCAAUUGUAUUACCAGAAGGCAAUGGAGAAAAGCUGUAA